CUCAGAUGAUGACUGCUAUCGGCAGAGGAGGCUAGCCGAGCAGCGCUGCAUAGAUGCUCGCACUGCUGGAUAAAACUAACAGCAAGAACAGAAAAAGGCUGAUAUCCAAUGAUGGAUGGGUUUGCAGGGGACAUGCUGAGCGGCGGCCGGGCUCUGCUCGGUGAGGACAGCUCGGUGAUGGCUCGCAUGCAGAAGAAGUUCUGGAAGACCAAGCAGGUCCUCAUCAAAGCCACGGGCAAGAAGGAGGAUGAGUACGUAGUGGCUUCUGAUGCUGACCUGGAUGCCAAGCUGGAGUUCUUUCGCUCGGUUCAGUUCACGUGCACAGAGCUGCUGAAGGUGAUUGAGAAGUACCAGCACAGAAUCACACGCUUGUCUCAGGAGGAGAACGAGCUCGGCCUGUUCCUGCGUUUCCAGGCUGAACACGAUCGCACAAAGGCUGGCAACAUGAUGGACGCCACCAGCAAGGCUCUGUGCACCUCCGCCAAGCAGAGGAUGGCACUUUGCCCACCACUGCACCGUUUGCACCAGGAAGUGGAGACGUUCAGGCGUCGUGCCAUCGCUGACACGCUACUGACAGUCAGCCGUAUGGAGAAGGCCCGCACAGAGUACAGAGGAGCUCUGCUCUGGAUGAAAGACGUCUCCCAAGAACUGGACCCAGACACCUACAAACAGCUGGAAAAGUUCCGCAAGGUCCAAACCCAGGUCCGAGGGACGAAGGGCCAGUUUGAGAAGCUGAAGAAUGAUGUGUGUCAGAAGGUUGACAUGCUGGGAGCAAGCCGCUGCAACAUGCUCUCCCACUCCCUCUGUACCUACCAGACCACUCUGCUGCAGUUUUGGGAGAAGACGGCCCACGCCAUGUCAGAAAUCCACGAGGCCUUUCAAGGACAUGUACCAUACCAGUUCACCACACUCAAGGACCUGCGAGACCCGCUGGAGGAAUUAACAGACAUGCAGAAAAAAGAGGAGAAGAAGGAGAAGGCUCUACAGAGCAACACAGACAGUCUGGUGUCCUUGGAUGACGACAAGCCAUCAGGAAGUGCCUCUGGAGCAGACCACAGCCACAGCAGUGAUGGUCAGAGCCAAACCAGUGACAAUGUGCCCCAAAACACUACCACACCUACUCCAGCCCUCCAAGACCUCAGGGGACUGUCAGCGGGCUCUGAUGACGACCUGAUGCUCAUGGCUUGUGAUCUGCCACAGCUCCCAGCCCCAACAAACUUCCCUCUCCACCCUCAGCUCCUGCCUCCUCCGCAGGGUGGAGGCCCAAAUGCACCCUGGGGCUUUGGAGGCCACCAGUUACAGCUGCCUGCCACCGGUGGUCCGUCCCACAUUGCUGGGACACCGCUGAGACCAGAAGUGGAAGAUGGCGAACAGGGCGACAUGGCUUUCCUCAAAGACCUCCUCAGCCCGGGCCCAGGGGCCAGCGACGAGUUCAGCAAAGAAUGGCAGGACGCUUUCGGGCUGUUUGACCCUCCCAGCGUUCCUCCACAUGGCACAGGAGCAGCAAGUAGUGGGCCAGCAGCAAGUAGUGCACCAGCAGCAAGUAAUGCACCAGCAGCACGUCGACCCUCAACCCCCCCCAGCCCCACAGGCUUCCUGCCCUCCCAGCUGCUGGAUCACAGUCUGAGCUCUACAGGCUGGUCAACCCCACCUAUGUUCCAAGCUCCACCCCUGCAGCCUCCUCCCGGUCAGAGCCAAUCAGCACAGCCAGCUCCAAGUACAGCAGCUAAUGCUGCUCCAGGUGGAUCCAAAGACAUGUCCGCCUGGUUCAACCUGUUCGCAGACCUGGACCCCCUCUCCAACCCUGACGCCAUUGGACGUUCCGCGGAUGAGCUGCUCAAUGCCUAAAGCUCUGUUGGUGUGUGUGUUUGUGAGAGUGCAGCAGCAGUGUAUAAUUUCUCGCACAGGAUCUGGAUGUCAGCAAGUUUUCAUGUCAACAACCAAGUAAAAGAACAUAACCUUAACAAUGAAAAACACACACAGAGAACUUGAUGCACAUAUACACACACACACACAUACACAUUUCUGUUACCAGGAGAGAUGUGUACAUAUCCACACUUGCAAUACACACACAUAUAUUUGUGUUACACUGGAAAAUGAAAACACUGUCGGCUGUUAAACGUUUUCCUCAGCGACUCACAGCUGCUCUCUGCAGCUCUGUAAAUGACUGUUAACUCUACAUGUGAUGCUACUGACUCAUGUGCACACAGCAAACCUCAUGUGGUUUGUGUUACCUUUUAGUUAUUGCAGCUUCUGUCAGGCAGAGAGAAUGUUUGGGUUACAGGUUUAUUUUGGAUGGCGUUGCAUGUUUUUUUGUGUGUGUUUUUUAUUUUUUAUGUUUGCAUUGUUUGGGCGUGUUGGUAUGCUGUGUGUACACAUCACAGGGGACCCAGGAUGUAAAAAGAUCUCUAUUUACUGCUUAAUGUUUAAACAUCGUAGCACACGAUUGUCACAUAUGAAUGAAGGGAUGAAGGGCGUACAGUAUAUAUAGGAGAUGAGAAGGGACCCUGAGCCUGUCACUGAGCCUGUAUUUGCACACUAACAGUUGAAGCUCAAGCUGCAUCAUGGGCCUGUAUCACAAAGCAAGAUCAGUGGGUUAUCCAGCUCUGUUUGGACUUAACUCUUUCUUUCUUUUAUAACAAUGCAUACUCUUUUUUGGUUUGUUUUUUUGGCCAUGGGGUGGAUCACCAUUUCUGACGGUACUGAUGCUUUUACACUCCUAUCCCAUCAGUGUAGCUCAGGAUAACACAAUGGGAGGAUUUUGCUAGCAGCUCUUUCAGGCUGCACCUAAGAUAAAUGCUAACAUCAGCAUAAUGCUAACAUAGCAUGCUAACGUGCUCACAAUGACAAUGCUGAUGUAUACUUUGGUACAAAUUAACCAUGAUCUGUCACCUUAGUUUAGCUUUGUCAGCACUGUUGCCAUUGUUUAGUGUUUUUUAUGGAGUUAGCACCGUUAGCUGCUAGCCACCCACUCAUCCACUUCAAUGUUGAGAACCCUGUGCAGACAACUCAAAUGCUCUAAAUUUCGAGUAGGUAUAGCUCCAGCUGAAGGAGCUACAUGACUUGCCCACCAUGCCCACAUGAUCAGCUCCCUUCGCCCCUUGGUCCAGAACUGAAAGCCCUGAUGAAAAUGCCAAGUUAGCAUUUAGACAGCCAUACGGUAUUAAGUUAAAAGAGAGGAGGUUUAGGUUAGGAUGACAUGUUGUUAGUCAUAAGAUGAAUCACAAUUGUAACAUUUUGCUUCACAUUUAUUUACUACCAUGUGGCAUUGCAGCAGUGUUCAAUGAAUUGCCACGCUGUUGGGUUUAUCUGGUAUUGUUGGUGGGGGUGGUUUGUAGGGCAUAUCGUGUACGCUCAGAACAUAAUGUGUCUGCAGCUAAUAAUGUCUCCUGAAUUUCGCAUAGAGCCACAUUAAGUUAAAUGCUAACAUCAGCAUGCUAACAUGCUCACAAUAACAAUGCUAACAGGCUCAUCUGAAGCAGUUACUUUGGUAUUAAUUAACCAUUUCAAUCCUUUUAGUUUAGAAUAUUAGCAUGCUAACAUUAAACGCAAAGUACAACUGAGGUUAAUGGGAAAUGUUAUUAGUUUUGCAGGUAUUUGAUGAUAAACCAAAGUAUUGGACACAUUAAAACUUUGACCUGAUGACGGCGACAAGCUCACACACUGUAAAUUAAGAUGGAUGAAAUGUAUUUAAAAAUGUAACUCCAACAUUUCAUCCAGGAUCACUGAUGUUAGGCUCAGUGAAGCCAGGUAACCGAAACUUGAACUUGCUUUGUGAUACAGACCCCCGCACAAACUCUGGAUUUUGAAGACUCCACCAGUUUGAGAAAUAAUGUGAUGCUUUAUUGAACCCUGUGAGGAAAUUCUGUUUUCUCUUAGGGAUUCAGUCUAAUGGCUAACACUGAACUGUGAGCCUCUCUGGAGAGCACUGAUGGUGUCAUGACAGCCUGAACUGGAGUCAGAUUACAGGCACAGUGGAAACUCACACUGUCCAAACUCUUUGUGGCUUUUGCGCCACCAUCAGCCUCUUCAUGCUAAUCGUCUACCCUGAUCCCAGAUUCUGCUGGCUCUGAAUGUAGUGUGGGUAAUAAUAGGAUGCGUUUUAAAUCAUCCUCAGUCCCAUCUGUCGUUUAGAUUUCACAAUCACAAGUCCAAGGCCAAGAAAAAUGUGUGAAGGAGGAAACAUUUAUUUUGUUCUUGAGGGAAAUUUUAAAACAGGAUGAGGGAUUAGAGUGUUUUGGGGUGGGUGGGUUAUUUAAAUCCUAUAACUCUGCACCUAAGAUGCAUCAAAAUGUAUUUAUUUUCAGAUUAUAACACUAUUUGCAAAAUCAGAUGUCUUUGUUGUGCAGUACACUGAGAAAGUGACCCUCAAAUAACACUGUAAAGUCUAUUUUUAACUGUGUGUUGUGUAUUUUGAGAUGCAUUUAUUAUUUUACGGGAAAAGAAUCAACACUGGAGAACUGUUACCAUCUCACAGAAUAGAUUUCUGCGUUACCAGAGAUGGAUUUAAUUCCCACUGAUUAUAUUUUGAGGGAAAUAAUGACCAAGACUGACAUUUUGGAGUGUGUGGUUUAGUUAACAGUUACAAUAUGAAGAUGUAUAGUCAGGUUUCUAAUUGCUGAGAUGUGAAUAUGACGUCUGUGAGCACCAACUGAAACCAAAUCCUCAGUAACGACAUUUGUGUGCCUGUAUAAAUCUCACUCAGUGGAGCUAAGGUGCAUCAUGGGGAAAAAAUUAUGAGUCAGACAACUCCAAAAACACUUUUUAUAUCAGCUGCACUAUCCUAUCUCUGCUUUUUUGGGGCGUGAAAUACACCCCUACGAUACAGUCAAGUAAUUUU